AUGCAAAUCAUUGGCGAUAUUUACUUGGCUCGUGACGAGAGAAACGGUGGAAAGUGUCACGUAUACGUCAGGGAGUACAAUUCAAGAAAACUCUUCGGCGGCUAUCGGAUAACGCCGUCAUACUGUAAAGCGUCAAGAGCAGCAAAAUACAACAGAGGGAAUACGAUAUGUAUGUUCAAUCACGAGUGCGCCCAACGAGGGGGAGAAGUUGUUGGAGCGUGCAUGGACGGCUUCCUCUUCGGAGCCUGCUGUCAACUAAAAUCAUACAGCCAGUCCCAUAUACCCAAAGGCCCAGGUGUUGUUAUGACGAGCUACCUAGAUUACCCAGAUGCUACUGAAUCUGAUGACUAUGAAACAGAUCAACUUAGCGCUUGGCAUAAUAGCUAUAAACCUGUUGUUACUCCAGGAUACAAACCCGGAGACAAGUCUCAAUUGACAACACUGAAGCCUGAAGAUACACUAAGUUCAGACGAAGAACAGGGUGAAAUUAUUUCAGACGGACUUACACAAAUUACGAAUAGUUUGUUAAAUUCUCCACCUAAAGAUAGUGAUAUUUAUUAUAUAAAGCCAAACACAGACUAUUAUACUCAUAGCAGUAUAGAUCAUGGCACACCAGAGACAAUAUUAUUCCAUGUGAAUGGUACAGUUGAUAACACAGUGGUGAGGCCAUCAGACUUUCAUAUACAGUUGUCUUCAAUGCAGACGAAACCUACGGUAGCACCGAGCACAACUGUAUCUUCACCACCAAAAACCGUUUCCACACAUCACCCUGUAAAGCCAAUAUUUAAACCGAAACCUACCUCUACAACUGAACAUUAUGUAAUCGUUUCCGCGACCACAAAAAGUACUCAAAAAGUACCAGAAUUGUCUUCCAUAAACUCAAUCAUUCAGAUGUUAAAUGAAAGCACACCGAAUAAUAAAGAAGAUGUUACUCCUGCUAUGGAUAUAAGUGAGACUAAGUCCUCACCAGCUCCAGGAUACACAUAUUCAAGUUACCCGACCUCUGGUCACUAUGUCACUCUAAAACCUUCUUCUCUUUCAACACAUAUAACGAAGAAACCAUCAUAUGUUGAUUUGCCAAACAAGAAACCUUCUUAUGAUUAUAUACAUACGACUCCGAAUAGCUUACCGCAGGAUGAUAAACCGUCAUCAUACUACUCUUCACCUAGCCCCAGUCAAUCUACUAGUCAAGUAGCUAUAGAUGCCUUCAAUAGGUAUCCUACAAAUCCUACUGAUUUUGGCGAUUUGUCUACAUUCAGCUAUGUCAGUUCUUCGACAACAUACAGACCCAAGACAAAACCGACAUCGACAAGAAAACCACCUUCUACGAGUUAUGUGACUGGAACACCUCCCUUAAGAAGACCUGAAAUUCCACCAAAUGUAUAUAACACAGUAGAUACCUACUCUAGCGUAACACCAACUGUCAUAGUAUUAAAUGACAAUUAUAAUACCACUCCCAAACCAGAAGCCGAUGAACUUCAAUUUGUAGAAAUUUCUCAAGAGCCUUUCAAGAAACCAGUCAGUCAAAUAACAGUGAACAACCAUGUUUCAUCAACGAACAAUAUUUAUGUCCAAAAACCUUCGUCAUACAAACCUAUGCCCUCGUCUCCAACCGUAGUUAUCACUCCAAAGCCUGGUGCUACAACACCAUACCCAAUAAAAACAUCUACAAGACCUGCACCGGUUUCUUCAAAACCUUCUGUUGUUUCUACGAGACCUUUGCCUGUAUCUUCAAGUACAAAUUAUGAAUAUUCAGAACAAUUUACUACAAUCAAGCCAGAAAUGCAAACAUCGCCAGAUGAUUCAAUUAAUUUCCCACCAGUAAGAAACCCGAUGCUUAAUGCCAGUGGUUCUAAUCCAGCGGUCUUCAACACAAGCAUAUCCUUAUCUGACAGUGAAUUUGAUUUAUUGCCUGACUUAGGCUUCACAACACCAGUAUUUGAAUCCGACGAUAAACUAAACGACAAAAUGAAUGUUUUCGUCAACAAAAUAGUAGGAAAUCUCGCAGGCACCUUCCAAGAACUUCACGAUAUAGUAGUAUUAGGUGCAAAACCUAAUAGAACGGUUUUGACAACGACCACACAAAAACCGAAAAAGACUGUGUCGACCACAAAAAGACCUUUUUUAACGACUACAAAAAAGCCGAGUAAAGUGACAGCUACGACUCGUAAGCCGCCAGUGAGAACGACUCGAAAGCCAGUGCGAUUAACUACACAAGCCAGACGAACGACCACCACCACUCCAGCGACAACAACAACAAUUACUACUACUACAAAAAAGCCGGUAACGACUACUAAAAAGACAAAACCAACGAAAAAGGUGACCACCACUACACAAGCUGCGACUUCCACCACCGAGCUGAGUGAUGAAAUAACUACAGAGAACUAUGAGGACGAACCCAUUGACUAUAACGAUAAAAAUUUAUGUGGUGUCCGUCCUCUAUCAAAGACGGGACGUAUCGUCGGUGGCAAGAACUCCAAGUUCGGUGCCUGGCCGUGGCAGGUGCUGGUUAGGGAAUCCACAUGGCUCGGCCUCUUCACCAAAAACAAGUGUGGUGGUGUACUUAUCACCAAUAGAUUCGUUACCACCGCUGCUCAUUGCCAACCUGGAUUCCUAGCCUCUCUGGUAGCAGUCUUCGGUGAAAACGACAUAUCAGGCGACAACGAACCACGGAAACCAGUAUCAAGGAACGUGCGUAAGGUCAUAGUGCAUAGACAAUACGACGCAGCCACCUUCGAGAACGACCUGGCGCUGUUGGAAUUGGAGUCACCUAUUAAAUUCGAUGCUCAUAUUGUGCCAAUUUGCAUGCCUCCUGACGAAUCUGAUUUUACCGGGCGAGUGGCUACCGUUACUGGCUGGGGUAGACUCAAAUACGGUGGUGGAGUACCAGCAAUAUUGCAGGAAGUACAGGUACCUGUGAUAGAAAAUAGUGCUUGCCAGGACAUGUUCCAGACAGCUGGCCACUCAAAGAAGAUCCUUAACUCCUUUAUAUGUGCCGGCUACGCCAACGGACAAAAGGACUCCUGCGAGGGUGACAGUGGUGGGCCUUUAGUGCUCCAAAGAGAUGAUGGAAAAUGGCAACUGGUGGGGACGGUAUCCCACGGUAUCAAGUGCGCAGCACCAUUCCUCCCCGGUGUUUAUAUGAGGACUACCUACUACAAGCCUUGGUUAAAAUCCAUCACAGGCGUGCAUUGA